UUUUCUUUAUUUCACCUCUCUUAUCUGUUCUUCUUCUUUGGCUGCUUUCCCUCAACUUAAAAAACAUUCUUCCUAACCUGUCUUCCCCUCGUCCACAGUAGUUAAUAUAAUCGAUUCCUAACUUCCCAGAUACUCCUCAGCGCUCUGUUCCUGUUUUCAGGCACCAACUGCCUCACGCAUGCGCGCCACCUUCCUGUACGCCUCCAGCCUUCCCUGCUUCCCUGGGCCGCUCAGACACACCCCUCCAGAUCUGCCAGGACGUCCCUGAUUGUUGGGUCUCAGUCCCUUGUCUUCCUCUUACUACCUGCAAAUAUUGGAAAUUCCCCAGAACUUUGUUAAUGUCUUCUCUUAUGCCUCCACUGUACGUUCCGAGUAACCUUAUUCCAUUCGCCUAGAAUCUGCUGGAAUCAGGAUGCCAGUGGCUCCCACUCUCUUGCUUUAGGACUUUAUCUACUUCUCCUAAGUAACCUACCUAUAUUUACAAACAUUCCUUGGCUGUCCUUGUUACAGGUUCCGUGGGUAUGGUAUGUUCCACACAUUACGUGGAAUGUACCAUCGUCCCCAUUCCAAACUGGCUCCUCAUAUAAACUUCCUCCGGUUCACAGCCCGCCCUAAGCAUAAAUUAGCUAGGAGCCUGUUAAGAGAUAAAUUUAGGCAUAUAAAAAAUGUUAGGAGUGUGAGCGAAAAUUGAUUUGAGUUGGGCAGCGGGCAAUCUAGCAGAGACAAAGGAGCUCUGAGGAGCUGUACAAAAUCAAAGACUUUUAUAGGCAGGAGGGAUAGGUAAUAAGGAAGUAAUAUUGGCAAAACAGCUGGUUGGUUAUUGCAAAGUUACUUGCCCUUAGAGGUUGGUAGGGGUCUGUCAGGCAGAUUUCCUCACUAGUACUGGUCAGGCGAUUCCUGAUUGACUGGUUUAAGAUUCCAUUUCUGGGAGAGCCAAACUGAUUAAGUCCUGGUUUGGUGACAUAGGGCUUAAAGUAAGUGACUUCAUUUGGGGCAAGUUGAAUUGUUUUUAACAAGCCUCAGCAUAAUCCUUGACUCUUCCUGCUCCCUGGCCCUCAUGUGAUCAGUCACCCAGCCUGGCAAGGCCAUCUUCCCCUCUCUCUCUAUUCAGCAGUCGCUGGUGUACGCAGUGGUCUACCAGCAGCCUCCUCAGCCUUUUCCCAUGCUAAAUGACUUUCCCUGAUGGAUGAUCUCUGUGAAGCAAAUGGCACUUUUGCCAUCAACUUAUUAAAAAUGUUGGGUGAAAAGGACAACUCCCGAAAUGUGUUCUUCUCUCCCCUGAGCAUCUCUUCUGUCCUGGCCAUGGUCUUCAUGGGGGCCAAAGGAAACACCGCAGCCCAGAUGUCUCAGGCACUUUGUUUGAACAAAGGGGGAGAUGUCCACCAGGGUUUCCAGUCACUUCUCAAAGAAGUUAACAAAGCCGGCACUCAGUGCGUGCUGAGAAUGGCCAACAGACUCUUUGGAGAGAAGACGUGUGAUUUCCUUCCAGCCUUUAAGGAAUCCUGCCAGAAGUUCUACCAGGCAGAGCUGGAGGAGCUAUCCUUUGCUGAAGACACCGAAGAAUGCAGGAAGCACAUAAAUGACUGGGUGACAAAAAAGACAGAAGGUAAGAUUUCAGAGAUACUGGGUGCCGGGACAGUCAGCCCCCUGACUAAGCUGGUCCUUGUGAAUGGUGUGUAUUUCAAAGGAAGGUGGAAUGAGCAAUUUGACAGAAAGCACACCAGGGGAAUGCGCUUUAAAGUCAACCAGGAGAAAAAGACAGUGCAGAUGAUGUUUAAGCAAGCUAAAUUUAAAAUGGGGUAUGUAGACGAAGUGCACACCCAGGUGCUGGAGCUGCCCUACGAAGGGGAGGAGCUGAGCAUGGUCAUUCUGCUGCCUGAUGACGACACCGAGCUCCCUGUGGUGGAAAAAGCACUUACAUAUGAGAAGUUCAGAGCCUGGACAAAUCCAGAAAAGAUGGCUAAGGAUAAAGUUCAAGUUUUCCUUCCUCGAUUAAAGUUGGAGGAGAGUUAUGACUUAGAGUCUUUUCUUCGAAGUUUAGGAAUGACUGAUGCUUUUGAGGAAGCCAAAGCAGACUUUUCUGGAAUGUCAACCAAGAAGAACAUGCCUGUGUCUAAGGUCACACACAAGUGCUUUGUAGAGGUCAAUGAGGAGGGCACAGAGGCAGCCGCGGCCACUGCUGUGAUCAGGAACAGCCGGUGCAGCAGAAGUGAACCAACAUUUUGUGCAGACCACCCUUUCCUUUUCUUCAUCAGGCAUCUCAAAACCAAUAGCAUUUUGUUCUGUGGCAGGUUCUCUUCUCCAUAAAGAGGUGCAACUGCUGUACAUAGGCUCCCUUUCCUUCUGCCCACCUGGCCUUAAUUCAAAUUCCGUGUGAGUAAAUUGGGCAAUAGUUUGAGCGCCAAAAUAAAGUGUGUGCACCUGG